AUAAACUCAUCGCUAGGGCAUGGAUUGGCCUCUGGAGAAAGUUACAAUCACGCGAGCGUAUUAACAUCAGGCUGUAAUUCACGUUACCGAGAGACGCUGGUGUGUCAGUGAGACCCUAACUACAAACACGAAAAAUUGGACAGUGGUUGACAUGCACCAUGCUUCCAACGAGCGCGUGCCUGUGAUUGACAAGUCACAGUACCAAAGCCAAACAUGCAGACUGCCUAAAACGCAAUAUGAACUGUUUAUGUACGUGUUGUCAGGGAUAUACUUGUAACACGUGAUUGCAAGGAUAUAUAUAUAAUCAAGUUCACGACUUAGUGCAUCCUUGAGCCCUGAACCAUCAUUGCCCUUGGUGGAUUUCUGGCACGAUGGAGGACGCAAUCUCAUUACACUAUCUCUUAGUCGGCAUUGUGCUGUUGGCUGUGACGUCACAAGGAUUCUCCAAAUCGGUCGAUGAAAUCGUGGAUGAAGACAUCAAAAACUUCCACAAGGAGAUACAACCAAAAGAUUCUGGAUUUGACGAAUUUACGGUCACCCACCUUAUUGAAAAGCGAAAUGGGGAUUCAAGAAUACCGUUCGUGAGUGCUUCGGUAUAUCGGCGGAAGCGAGCAAUGGAAGAAACGAAAAAGAACUUAUCAGUUGAAUUUAAAGCUUUUGAUGAAACAUUCACCAUUGACCUACAACACCAGAAAUCUGUAAUACAUCCUAACGCUAAGGUCAUCUUAACAAAUGGUGAGGAGGAGCAGGAAUGGGAGGGCCCACACCCGGACUGUUUCCUUACAGGGAAACUGACAUCGCACAGCACCGGAACUGUAUCAUUAUCGUACUGUCAUGAACUGGAAGGAGGUAUGUGGACAGGGAACCAUGAAUAUCACAUUAUGACAUUGCCGGAACGCCUACACAAACGGGACACCUCUAGUGGGAACAUACAUUCAGUAUUAGUGUCUAGAAGGAAUCUCGGAUCCUCUCUAAUCGAUUCGUUACAUCUACAACGUGAUUCAAUAAAUCCUGAAGAUAAAAAGACAGAUCGAACCAAACGCGCAACGACUUACGUCAUCCCUUCUACGUCAUUUACUAUGGAGCUCGCGGUAUACACCGACCAGGACUUCACGUCACUCUUCGCCUACACUGACGUCACAAGGAGAAUCGCCGCCAUCGCUGCCAAAUACAAUGGGGUACAAGCUGAGUGGGGUCGAACUACUGACCUGGGUUACACUGUCACCAUGGUUAUAAAAUAUAUCAACAUGUUUGAUACUAACCCGCUGUGGUACAAUGUUUCCACCUCCGUUGGGGUUGACCUACAACUGAUAUGUGAAGGAGCUGCCACCAGUGCCCACGACCCUUAUGAUAUUGUCUUCCUCCACACUGGGGUUUCCGGGGCUAACCUCGGCGGACUGGCUUACCAAAAUAAUAUUUGCACCAACAACUAUAAGUGUGGCGUUUCUGCGUCACGAAGUCUCGUCACUUAUAUUGCAACAGCCCAUGAGAUAGGCCAUAACUUAGGGAUGUACCACGAUGCUGACAGAGGCUGUGCAAGUCCUGAUGUUGGAGUAAUGGGAGGAAAUGGAGCAGGCUGGAGUACGUGUAGCAAGGCCAGCAUGCAGUCAUACCUUGAGACUGGGAGAGGACAAUGCCUUUGGGAGACAAACAUUCCAUUGUCAAACGUGUCAGCUGACUUACAGAGCACAUCACUCACAGGAGAGCUCAUGGGUCAGACUCUUUUGGAAGACGAGGUGUGUGAGGUUCUUUAUGGUAGCGGGUUCCGGUUUCGAGAGUAUCCCAAUUUUAAUAACUGCGGUUUAUUCUCCUGUGUGGACAUGAAUAGAGGCACCACUUAUGGACAAAUGUACAAGGAAUCUACCGGUAUAUCAGGAAACUACUGCGGGGAAGGAAGUAUAUGCUUCAAGGGCGGUUGCAGAACUCUAGCAGCUGCUAAACUGACAGGCGCAACCGUUACAGCUGGGGGUUGGUCAAUCUGGGGUCAAUGGUCAACUUGCUCUCGUACAUGUGGAACAGGAAUCCUCAAUAGAAGACGUAUAUGUAAUAACCCCAGACCGAAGAACCAUGCAAUGUGUUCCGGUGACGAAUACGAGGCAGAGCUAUGCAAUACCACGCCCUGUCUAGGGGACAGCUCAGUUGAAGGCACACUGAAAACCGCUAGAGCGUCUGAAACAUGCUACUCGUUGGUGCAAUAUGGUAUUAUUGACAGUGCUAACUAUAAAACUACAGGGACCGUUUUCAACAGUAUUCGUAUGGGUAAAUGUGAGGUAAAAUGUGACCCCCAGACGGGCUACACGCCUCCAUCCUACACUCGGUACGGUCUGAUGCCUGACGGAUCGCCGUGUGACGAGGUUCUCCAUGAAUUGGACGAGAAAGACUGGCCCAGAAGACCUGGGUAUAAUGACUAUUGUCUUGAAGGCUACUGUCAUGUGUUUGGAUGCGAUAACAAAUUUAACGGACAACAGUAUGACCAAUGUGGUGUUUGUGGGGGAGAUAACUCUACCUGUCUCUUCUACAAUUCAGUAUUCACCGACUCCUUAGCACAAGGUGAUCGGGUGACUAUCGUCCAACUACCUGCUGGUUCCUUUAAUAUUCAGUUUUGGUUCACGUACAAUCUGAUGAGUAAUAACUACGUAGAGUUGUGGAGUAAGUAUGAUCGAGCCAUCAUUGCCUCUAGGGUGGGAUACAGCUGGGUGUUCGAAACAGGUGAUAGUCCAAUUUCCCAUGCCGGUGCAUUCUGGUCUUUUUACUUCAACACGCAAUAUCUGUUAGGAAGGGGAGUUCUGACUGACACUGUUACUAUUAAGUUCUACAAUCACGAAGGCAAUGCAAAUAUUGGCGUCAAUUACGCAUAUUCUGCUCCCCUGAAUGUUGGAAGUUGCACUGGAACCUGUCAGAACGGCGGCACAUGGGACAGUUCAGUGUGUGCUUGUUCCUGUCCUGCCAACUACUACUCCCUGGAUUGCAGCAGUGCAUGCAACACACAGUGUAAGAAUGGUGGGACUGUUAUAGAGAAUACAUGUGGAUGUCAGUGUAAUAACCAAUCGUUUGGUGCUACUUGUCAAACAUGUAAGGUACCUUUUACGGGACAGGCAUGUCAGAGCUGUGUGGGCGCCACCUGUCUGAACUGUGGCGUAUUUGACAGCUCCACAUGUCGGUGUAAAUGUCUUGAUGGGUAUGGAGGAACGUCUUGUGAAAACACGUGCGCUGACACGGGUUCUUCGUGUGCUGCUGACGCCGCCGCAGGAAACUGUGAAACAGACAACGUUAACAUGGAGGCUACCUGUCCCCUGUCCUGUGGGCUAUGUGUGGCAAAGUCUCCUCCUGAUACCUGUUCCACUGCUGUAGUGUUCACGACAACAACGUCUAGCAUCACGACAACCACACCCCAAUCGUCUACGUCUUCGUGCACUGCGGACGAGUUUAGUUGUGGAAACGGUAAAUGUGUGUCCACCAAUGUGACGUGUGACAAUACGGACGACUGUGGGGAUUACAGUGACGAGUUGAGCGACUGUAUGUCUAGUACAGUAUUACCCAGUACCACUACCACAGCUAUUUCUUCAACACCUACUGAAAGUUCUACUACUACCACAGCCCCAUCCUCGAUUGAAAGUUCCACCACUACCACAGUCCAAUCCUCGACUGAAAGUUUCACCACUACCACAGUCCCAUCCUCGACUGAAAGUUCCACCACUACCACAGCCCCAUCCUCGACUGAAAGUUCCACUCCUACCACAGCCCCAUCCUCGACUGAAAGUUCCACCACUACCACAGCCCCAUCCUCGACUGAAAGUACAACCACGAGAUCUACGACAACUACCAUAGGAUCCAUGGUAACCACAUCGCCUAGUACCACUGUCGUUAUAGCAACCUCCAUUGCUUACCCUAGUCAGAGUGUCAGUUCUACGUCAACUACUUCUUAUACUAUUACUACUACUCCUUCUUCUUCCACCGCCUUUCCUACUCCUACGUUGACCCAGUCAGUGUCUACGGCUGACCCUGACGGAGGUACACCACCACUUACAAGCAAAGAAGUUGCAAUCAUUAGUGGAGCUAUCGCAGGGACUGUUAUACUGAUUCUAGCAGCCUCUGGGUAUGCUGUGUACAAACGCAGGUCUAACAGGGCGGAUAGUCGAGCGAAAAGGUUUUCUAACACAUCAUCACAACCGUCUACUAUUCAGGGACAUAUCAUGGAUGAUGGCUACUAUGAGCUUAUCACGCGCGAGAAUAAUACAGGUUCUGCCGGUAAAAAUUACUAUUACAAUGGCCAUCAGCUUAACCCAGGGUUACAGAACUAUUCAGACAGGGAUAUAUUAAAAAACUAUAGCUACGUUUACAGGGGAAAGCGUUAAUUGCAACCAAUGACUAACUUUUUGUCAUGCUGUUGAAAUCCAAGCAUCCGUAUUAUCCAUCACUAUCAUCAACCAUGAAUCAUCGCUGUUUCUUGAUUUAUUUUUAGCAUUUUCACACACUUUGUCACUAUAUUUAUUGCAUUCUAUACAAUCCCAUCCUAAAAUCUUGGUAUGACAUUCUUUCUUUAGAAUUUGUAGUGGUUAAAUAAUUAAUUUGUAAAUCCCUUCCAAAGAUAUAAGCAUAAAUUUCAGAUUAAAUGUAUAGGGUAUUAAACGUAUUAAUCAAUGAUCACUCACAAUAUAAUUACGGCCUGAAUAGCCUUCUUCAAGGGCGAAAGUCCAUCUUGUUUUUUCUGGAGUAGAGAGUUGCUGUUGUGAGUUGUUUUAAAAAAUACAAUACAUGUGAUGAUAAUAUACAUUUUGUAAACAUCUUGACUAUUUCAAACUAAAACAUCUGUUUAAGAUAUAGCUAUCCGUCAUUUUAAAUAAAUUAAUUGUAUAAUUGACUCCAUUUCAUUUUUGAGCACUGCCUUGUUGACGGAAAAAACUAUCUAAUGACCAGUGUGUGUGUGGGAAGUAUAACAUUUAAUAUCACACUUGUUUCUCAUAUAAAAAAUAAAUGAAGAAUUGAUAAAUAUACCGUGGUGUGAUAUAUUACUGCCCAGAUAUAAAUUCAGUUCUUUCAGAACCAACAUUACUUAAAAUUCACACUGAUGUGAUUGUUUUGUAAUGAUAAAAAUAGUAAUUUUUUCUUCACUUGGAAAUUAUAGAAAACGUAAGUAACACGUUAUCUUCAUCAGUCAUGUAAAGCAAUAUUGUUAUUAUUUUGAUUUUUCUUUUGUAUAUAUGUUUAAAACGGUUAUGAAAGGAUAAUUUUCAUAGUAGAUCCUAAUCAGAGAAAUCAGUUUAGGAAUGAUAGAAGGUACAAUAUUAUUAAAGGCAUAUGAUAAUAUAUUUUUAUAAACCAAUAUAUGUUUCGCUUUUACAUACGGACACAAUUAAUUUGAUAUGUAAAUAUACAUUUUUAUGUCUUGCUGAAUGCUUAUACAUUGAAAACAAAAGCAAUGUUGUUUUACCAUGCAAGAUCCAGCACGUGGUCGUUCCAUAUACCUCUACCAAUGCUAGUUCUGUAUGCACACACCGAACUUACGUGGAUGAACAUACAUCGGAAAUGUGCACAUCCUCUUAAAGAAUUUAUAAUACAACCCACCGUCUUUGGUCUGAUUGAGAAAACACCCAAAACAAAACAAAAUGAAAACAACACUAAAUUUGUGAAAAGAGUUUAUGAAUCACUAUCUUGAAUAAUUGAUGAAAAUGCCCCUUUUUCGAAGAUUUUUGUUCAUUAAAGAUGUGAUGUAAUCCAUUUAUUAUAAGCUAAAGACAAUUUUUUGUUGCCAAUAUAUAUAUAUAUGAGUACACGGUGUAUUUGAGCUCAUUUGCUUUCUACGAAAUCGACCAACGAUGUCGUUCUUAUAACAGCUUUAUUUGAAUAUGCUAUGUCUUCGAUUCAAUACAAAGAUACAUGUGUAUAAUCUUUUUAACGUGCAUUUUAUGUGUCAAUACUAAACGGUAGGUGCAUUAUAAUUAAUAUUAAGUAAAGUGUAAAAUCUUAUAUAAUCCGAUUUUGUACAUUAUUGCAUUCAGUGAAAAUAAAAAUCAUCAAUUACAUUUUUCCCUGUUCGUAUCCAAACUAUUUAAGAAAGUGACAGUAAACAUUUGUACUCUUUCAUUGAAGGCUUGUUUAUAAAUUUGAAAGCAACACAUUAUCAAAUUUCAGUAACCUUGUAACGCUUAUUUUAAGCGUUUUCUAUAAUUAAAGAGCUCCGUCCCACUGCACUAUGGAUUAUCGUAUAUAUAGUAAUCUUUCCUUAAUUUCGUGAUGGACAUAACUGUAGCACAGGUGUGCCAGCUCACCCAGUCGAUCAAACGUUUGUACAGCAAUCGGAGGUCCAGUGUUCGAAUCCUGAGUUUGUAGCUGUGGUACGGGAAUCCUGGAACUAAAACUCCAGUUUGAGGAAAUGUUAUGCUCUUGGUAAUGUUGAUUGUUGAUAUUUCGAAUGAUAAUUAUUUUCGUAUGAAUUCGUAGUUAUAUUAUGAUGAUGUACCUUCUCCGAUUUUGUGUUACUGUUGCUUUGUUUUUUGUAAAACAUGAAGAAAUAGCUUUGUAUACCGAAAUCAUUUUCACGCAAUUAAUUAACAAAAUCUUAUUUGGUCAAGGAUUUUGAAAACAAAAAGAGAAUAAAAGACAAAUAUUGUUGUCAGUGUUAACUCUUGACUGUUUGAUUGUUGACAUGCUUUAAGUGAGUUACAAAAAUGCUGGUUUGAGCACAGAACCUAUGCUUGAGCAUGAGAAUAAUGUCAUGAAUACGGGCCUAUUUUCCUUAAACAAUUUCAAGUGUUUCUAUAUAAACAUUUCCUCUGUUCAUAUUUGACCUUAAUUUUAACGAUUUUGAGUCAAAUGCCAAUGUCACUGAAUAUAACUUGGAAAGGGUUACCCACACCGUGUCUUCUUGUGCACUUUUCCGUAAGCAAUAUCUGUGAUCUUUUUUAUUGUAUGCAUUUUGUGCGUGUUGUAUAGAGUAAUAAAACUAUUUUUCUUCUUCAAGACUUAUUAUUUUCAUGUUGGUUAAAGAAAGUUGCAUUUGUUUUGCUAAUACAAUCGUAUUUAAACAUAAUACACCUAAGUUCGUCUUUAGAUUAUAAAUAUCAAUCUCAAAUUACCUUUAAUAAUAUAAACCAUACAUCAAUAUAUCAUCUCAUCAAUUGAAUUUACAAUAAAUCAUUAACAUUUAUAAUAACACGUCUGGAUGUAACAACGUUUUUCAUUGGCCAACAAUCAACAGACCAUAACGUUGUUACACCACCUUAUUAGUGAACAGAAAUGAUUUUCAUUACCUUUGAGAUGAUAAUAGAUAUUAUCAUGAUGUGUUUGUAAAUAUUAGCGGAAUAUGUACCAUAUUAGAAAAUAUCGACAAAAAAAUGUUACAAGUGGGAUAAACACUUUAACAUUUUACUAUGGGAAUUAAAAUGUUUUUUGCAACAACAA